GGCGCGCCCGGGGUUCGGCUUCUGCAUCCGAGGAGAGAUGAAUACGGCCAAGGCCCGGGUGGGGCCCGCGGCCGACCGGCCUGCGCCACCCGAGGAGAAGGAGGGCGAGGCGGGCGGGAAGGAGCCGGGGGCGGACGCGGCCCCCGGGCCCAGCGCCGCGUUCCGCCUCCUGGUGACUCGGCGGGAACCGGCGGUGAAGCUGCAGUAUGCGGUGAGCGGCCUGGAGCCGCUGGUGUGGUCCGAUGACCACCGCGUGUCGGUGUCCACGGCCCGCAGCAUCGCUGUGCUGGAGCUCAUCUGCGACGUGCACAACCCGGGCCAGGACCUGGUUAUCCACCGCACCUCGGUGCCUGCGCCUCUCAACAGCUGCUUCCUCAAAGUUGGCUCAAAAACGGAAGUUGCUGAGUGUAAGGAGAAAUUUGCCACCUCUGAAGACCCCACAGUCAGUCAGACUUUCAUGUUGGACAGGGUGUUCAACCCUGAGGGGAAGGCUUUGCCACCAUUGAGAGGAUUCAAGUACACUAGCUGGUCCCCCAUGGGCUGUGAUGCUAAUGGCAGGUGCCUCCUGGCAGCACUGACCAUGGACAAUCGCCUGACCAUCCAGGCUAACCUCAACAGACUGCAGUGGGUCCAGCUGGUCGAUCUGACGGAGAUUUAUGGAGAACGUCUUUAUGAGACCAGUUACAGGUUCUCUAAAAGUGAGGCCCCAGAAGGGAAUCUCAGGGAUUUUGCUGAGUUUCAGAGGAGACACAGCAUGCAGACACCAGUCAGGAUGGAGUGGUCAGGCAUCUGUACCACUCAGCAGGUCAAGCAUAACAACGAGUGCCGCGACGUGGGCAGUGUGCUCCUGGCCGUCCUCUUUGAAAACGGUAACAUUGCUGUGUGGCAGUUUCAGCUACCGUUUGUAGGAAAGGAAUCUAUCUCUUCAUGCAACACGAUUGAGUCAGGAAUCAACUCUCCUAGUGUUUUGUUUUGGUGGGAAUAUGAGCACAAUAAUCGGAAAAUGAGCGGCCUUAUUGUGGGGAGUGCUUUUGGACCUGUAAAAAUUCUUCCUGUCAAUCUCAAAGCAGUUAAAGGCUAUUUCACGUUAAGGCAGCCUGUCGUCUUGUGGAAAGAAAUGGACCAGUUACCAGUACAGAGCAUCAAGUGUGUACCGCUGUAUCACCCUUACCAGAAGUGUAGUUGUAGCUUAGUGGUGGCCGCAAGAGGACCCUAUGUGUUUUGGUGUCUUCUUCUGAUCUCCAAAGCAGGUCUGAAUGUUCACAAUUCUCACGUCACAGGCCUGCACUCACUGCCGAUUGUCUCCAUGACUGCAGACAAGCAGAAUGGGACGGUAUAUACUUGUUCCAGUGAUGGGAAGGUGAGGCAGCUGAUUCCCAUUUUCACAGAUGUUGCACUGAAGUUUGAACACCAGUUGAUUAAACUCUCGGAUGUGUUUGGCUCAGUGAGGACACACGGGAUAGCCGUGAGCCCCUUUGGUGCGUACCUGGCCGUCAUUACCACUGAGGGCAUGGUCAACGGCCUCCAUCCCGUUAACAAAAACUACCAGGUUCAGUUCGUUACUCUCAAAAGCUUUGAAGAGGCAGCUGCUCAGCUUCUGGAAUCUUCAGUUCAAAAUCUCUUUAAGCAGGUAGAUCUAAUAGACCUAGUACGUUGGAAGAUUUUAAAAGAUAAACAUAUCCCUCAGUUUUUACAAGAAGCUUUGGAAAAAAAGAUUGAAAGCAGUGGGGCCACCUAUUAUUGGCGUUUCAAACUCUUCCUCCUGAGGAUUUUAUACCAGUCGAUGCAGAAAACCGCUUCAGAAGCCUUAUGCAGACCCAUCCUUGAGGACUCAAAAAUCUUACUGGUUGACUCACCUGGGACGGGCAGUGCUGAGGGUGAGCAGCCGGAAGAAGGCACUUCCUCCGAACAGACGAAUAAGCAAGGCCUUCAGGAGAGGAGCAAAGAAGGUGGUCCGGAGGGCCCCACAGAUGACUCGCUCGCUCAGUCUGGAGACAUUGGAGGCCGAGAGCCAAUGGAAGAGAAACUCCUUGAAAUCCAAGGGAAAAUUGAAGCUGUGGAAAUGCACUUGACCCGGGAGCACAUGAAGCGAGUCUUAGGCGAAGUAUACCUGCACACCUGGAUCACAGAAAACACUAGCAUCCCCACCCGGGGACUCUGUAACUUUUUAAUGUCCGAUGAAGAGUAUGAUGACAGAACCGCACGGGUGCUGAUCGGACACAUCUCAAAGAAGAUGAACAAGCAGACUUUCCCUGAGCACUGUAGUUUGUGUAAAGAGAUUUUGCCGUUCACAGAUCGCAAACAGGCAGUCUGUUCCAAUGGCCACAUUUGGCUCCGGUGCUUCUUGACCUACCAGUCCUGCCAGAGUUUGAUAUACAGGAGGUGUUUGCUCCAUGACAGCAUUGCCCGCCAUCCAGCCCCAGAAGAUCCUGACUGGAUUAAGAGGUUACUGCAAAGCCCCUGCCCUUUCUGUGAUUCUCCUGUCUUCUGAAUGUCCACGAUGGGAAGAUGGAAAGGGCACGUACUCUGCUGUGGAAAGUGCCGUCCAGCCCCGAGAGCUAGGACGUGCAAGAGGAGAGGCGCCCUUCAUGACUGUACAUAGGGCGUGGGGACUCACUGCUGAACUGCGUUCUCUGUCUCCAGGGACUAAAGGAUGUCUUUAAAGUGACUGAGUGCAGAGAUUUUAAGUCCUUUUGAGAUGAACGUUAUCCCCCAACUCCUUGCCAAUGAGGAACACUUAUUUUUCAAGUGUCUUGACUGAAGCAGUUUGAACAAAACGCAUGCCCUGUCAUUUCUCAGAACAGAAUGGUCCCUUCUAGCGAGUAUGGAUAAGGGCCUUGCUGGGCCAAGUUAGGCUUUUUAAUCCUGGCCUUGGUCUGGAACUGCCUUGUGGUUCCAGGGAGCCUUAGUUACCUGCUACGUGGUAUGCAGUGUCCCAACAGAUAUUAAAGUGUCUGAAGCAACCUGUGGGCCUGAUAUUUUGUUCUCAACAAAUAGCUGCAGAUCUGCAUCCUGCCCGUUGUUUUUCAUGCAUAUUGAAAACAUUUUCUUAAAACUACAUAUUUGAAAGAGGUUGAAGCCAAGACUAAAGUUGGUUUUAAUGUGUCAAAAGAUCAGGUGACUCUUGUAAGUUAAUAAUUGUGACUUAUUUUUAAUGAUCUCUCUCCCAUGUCAUCAGUUUCCUGCUCUGACUCCUUCACAGGUAUAAGGAUGUCAAGUAUUCCUGUUCACAUGCGUCACAACCCUCUUCAGACUUACCUGUGACAACUUGGUGAGAUAUUUGUACAUGGAGGAAAAGUAAUAUUUUCUCCUUUUAGUAUUAAAACAUUUAAUAUUUUUAAUGUUGAUAUUUCCAGACGUAUCAUUUAUAUCCCGAGUCUGUCUAGAGACUUCCAGAAAGAGACAGGCAGCUCAGAAGUGUGGACCCUUGAGCUCUGGUGCUAUCGUGUGUGUAGCUCAGUCGACCAGAGGCUGGGAAUUCCUUCUCUCUGCAAAGGUCCUCGAUAUUUAUAAUACAGGCAUUUUCCUGUGGACUGUUAAGAAGAGAUGUUAGACAUUAAUUGGUCUUAAAACCUAAAAUUAAAAAUAGACAUUCUAGAACUACAGUGUUCUUGGAUUUUUAAAAUAAGUAUCCUAGGGAUUGGUGCUAAUUAACAGGACUGUAAUGCACUCACCUUGAAAUGGUGCAUAUUUCUGGAAAGUUGGAUGGGAAAUACAGAAUGUGAAAUUUAAGUGAUUUUAAAUGCUAUCUAAUUUGCCUUUAUUCUAACACUUAUUCUUGCUUUUAUUUUUGUAUCCUUAGUGAGAGACAUUUUGUCCUCACUGAGAAACACUCGCUGUUUGGAGAGCGUGUAACAGACACCCCGCUCCCACCUGUAGCCUCUCUCCCCCUAGUGUCUUCCCUGCUCUGUCCGUAGGUAUUGGAGACAAGAGCCCUUAAGAGGCACUUCCAGACAGUCUGCUUUGAAAUGUCUUUUGUUUCCCAUUCAAGUUUUCGUUUCUGUCUCCUGUGUUGAAUUCUGUAUUUCUGCUGCUGUUCAAUUCUGCUGGCAUCGUCUGCUUAUCUUUCUCAUUUUGGUGGUAAUUUCAAGAGGAGCGUUUAUCCAGACUUUAGGGUCCAGCAUGUUCAAAUGAUUGUCAGGGAAGAGAACCAGGGAGCA